GGCGGCCGGACCCGGAAGCGGCGCGGCUGAGUCACCCCGGCGGCGAGCGGCGGCGGCGAUGAGGCAGCAGCCGCGGCGGGCGGCGGCGUUGUCGUCCUUCGGCGCCUGAGGAGCCUCUCCGCGCCCGCCCGCCCUUCUCACCUCACCUCACCUCACCUCACCUCCUUCCCUCCCUCCGUCCCUCCCUCUCUCUCUCUCCCCUCCGCCGCCGCGCCCCAGCCCUGCCGCCACCAUGAUGGAGGAGAUAGACCGGUUCCAGGUGCCCGCCGUGCGCGCCGAGAUGCAGCCGCUGGAUCCAACAGCUGCAUCUAUUUCGGACAGAGAUUGUGAUACGAGAGAGGGAGAGACUGUAGCCAUGAACUAUAAGCCGUCCCCACUUCAAGUGAAAUUAGAGAAGCAGAGGGAGCUGGCUCGGAAGGGCUCCCUGAAGAACGGCAACAUGGGAAGCCCAGUUAAUCAGCAGCCCAAGAAGAACAACGUGAUGGCACGAACAAGGCUCGUCGUUCCCAAUAAGGGCUAUUCGUCAUUAGACCAGAGUCCAGAUGAAAAGCCACUGGUAGCCCUGGAUACGGACAGUGAUGAUGAUUUUGACAUGUCCAGAUAUUCCUCCUCCGGAUACUCAUCAGCUGAGCAGAUCAACCAAGACUUGAACAUCCAGCUGCUAAAGGAUGGGUACCGGUUAGAUGAGAUCCCAGAUGACGAGGACCUCGACCUUAUCCCCCCUAAAUCAGUCAACCCUACCUGCAUGUGUUGCCAAGCCACCUCCUCCACCGCCUGUCACAUCCAGUAGUGAGGCCGGCAGGCUGUGAUCAGUGCUUUCCACUAUAACUGUAAAACUUAACAGCCAUUGCUUCCUCCUAUGGUAGGACGUGCACCUCUUUGUGUUCAUGGAGCCAGGAGAAACCAAAAAAUUCAUUUUAUGAUUGGUUGAUAAGUUAUUUUAAACUAUGGUUAAACAAAAGAGAAGUUGCUCAAAGUGCCAGGCAGUGCCUGGCAGAACUGACUGGUCUGGAGAGCGAAUGCAGGGGGGUCCAGAGAUACCUCCUUGGUUUGUGUAGGCACUGGGGAUGUUUUGUAAGGUGUCUUCCAGAAUGGGAAGGGUCAGAUGGGGCUGAAGGUAAUCCUGCCCACCAAAACCAGUCCAUCUGGGAGAUCAGGGGUGAGUCUGAGGUGUCAGGGGGUUUUACCAGUGAGAGGAGGUCAGUUCUUAAUUCAUUCACUAAAGCUGUUUUGCAUAACCAAAAUGAUACUGUAACUGGGGCACAGGAAUGGGAACGGAGGAGGGCAUCCUUUCUUAUGGCAAGGCUAGCCAGGACUAGCAUGACACAAUUCAUUCACUUGUGAAGAGGACAAAUAGGUGACAUUUCACUGUGAGUCAGUACUAGCUAGAGCUGUCAUGUCACAUAUCCAAUGCCAUCCACCCUUAGUUCCACAUUAAAUUAUCACCAAGCACAUCAGAUUCAAUCUGCAGUCCAGCCAUGCUCUUCAGGGAUUCAGUCCUUGCCCAAGAAUACCAUACUCCUGAGUUCAGUCCAGUCACAUAUACUGACUUCAGCCUAUACUUAAUUCCCAUGAGACCCAUCUGCUUCCAAAAUUCUUAACUUUGUUUAACUAAGAAAAAAUGAGUCCUACACGAGACAGGACUAGAGCUGUACAGUCUGAAGGUCAGUGCCGGAAAACCUAGUUGAAGGAAGCACGUUUUUACAGUGCUCCACUGUUGAUGUUCUCUUGACACUGUGUCUCUUGGUGCCUGUGGGACAGAUUUGUUAACGCUGAAGGCUUCUUGUGUGGUGGUGUCAGACUUUACGGGAGUUUUCACCAACAGCAGGAUUAUGAACAGCUUCAGCUGAAAAAAAACCAUGAGAGGAAACUACUCUUUAUCCCAUCCCUGCCCACUUGUGAAACAGGCUUGGUCUGUGUUAGAGCUGUCCCAUGUCAAGAGCAAUUGUGUUUAUUUGGUGCUGGAAUAGUCAGGAAACCUGAUGUUACAUUAGGUCACUGGACUGAUUUGCCAGUUCACCAGCAGAUCGUUUUGAAUACAAAAUCAUUUCUGGAAUUAGGAAACAUGUCUUCUCCCUGGCCUGUCUUACACUGCUGGCUUCAGCAUAUCUGGGGCUCAGGCGAGAGAUGGGCUGGCAUUUUUCUUGGUGUUGAAAUCUCUUGCCACAGGCACAACGGUGUGUUUUCCUGCCCUGCCAGGAGAAACAACCACCUGCCUUAGGUCAUCACUCGCUUUAUAGCCUGGGGAAGAGAAAAAGCGAGGGCAGUUCUGAGCUUCCCAUCAGAAUUCCUGAGGCACAAGGCAGAGCCUGAGCUCCAUGCCGACAGACAGAUCUCCCAUGUGAAAACUGCCUGAAGUAAGCUGAGUCUUUAAGAAGUCCUCUUCAUGAUUAGGAGGAGAUUUAUUUAACAUCCUGGGGUUUCACUCUGUGCAGUGCAAAGCACGAUAGCGUCUACAACGUGAGCAAAAGAGCAGGCACACAAGAUUCCUGGGCUUUAUUAUGCACUUGCUGGUAUUGACAACUGUUAAAGCUAUGUUUGCCCCCCCUCCCUAAAACAGUGUGCUGCCACCUUGGCUCCAGGCCAUAGAAAGAGGACUGAGUGGUGCUGUUUGCUGAGCAUCCCUGCCUCCUCAUGCAGAAGUGCUGGUUAACUUGCCAGCUCCUCUAGGAGGAGUGUUCCUCAAGUGGAUUCCUCUCCCUUUCUCACCACCUGAUCAUGCUGAGGGGGAAUAUUUCCAAAAUAUUUCUAAAGAAGCACAAAGCAUCAGGUCUCCAAUUCUACACUUCUUCCUUUGUGUGCCUGCUUUCCUCUCCAGUGCUAGCUCAGGUUGAGUUUAGCAAGUUGUCUGGAGGUGAGGGAAGAGCUCUAACAACACUGUGUAGAGAAAAAAGAUUAAAGGGAAAAAACAUUCCUUAAGGAGUCUUUUUUUUAAAUGGGGAAUGUAGUCAAAACCUAACAGAAACACCAUGGUCAAACCAAAUCCUAUAGGACAUGACUGAGUCUCUUUAAAUCUUCACUCUUCUAAAGAGGGACUUUGCAGUUCAGCAUAGGUACCAUGCAACGCCUUCAUCACAUUUAUCCUGCUGGGUCAGUCUCUGUGCCUUCCAGCUGGGCUGGACAAGUUCAGCCUUUCCCACAGCCCUUGCUCAGGAGCUCAGAGCAUUUCAGUGUGCCUGCUACAGCAACAAGUCAUCUGUUUACGUGGGUCAGCUGUGGAGGACUGCAGGUCCCACAGGUCUCUGUCAUGCUGCCGUCACGUUUGGUCUAGGACAGAAUGAGGCUUGCUGACACUGCAUCUCCCAGGGUUAACGCCUCCCCUCCGAAGGACAGACCUUCCCUGAUACCCACUGCCCCAUGGCACCACAACCAAGUCCUUUUACUGCCCCUAUUGCUAGUUUUUGCCUGCCAUGUGCCCAGAGGCAUUCUUCAACCCUGCAACUGCCCUCAGCCCUUUGCAUUGUAUGAUGUGCAUCUGCUUCUAGCAUAACCCUUGAGGGAGGGAGAGAGAUGAAUUUAAAUGUUACACCCAGUGCUUCCUCCAAAUACAGACCGAAGCACAAGCCAAGUGUUUUUCCCUGCGCACAGAAGGAGUUCGUUGCACAAAUAGCUGGUUUGGCAUGACAGUACAGGACCAUAAAAUGGCAAUUUUUUGGCUUCUCCUCUCUAUGCUUUGUGUUCAUAUAUUUUAUUAGGGGAAUAAAGUAGAAAGGGUGGGGAAAAGUAGUUAUCUGUGUAGGGUCAUUAUCAGGAAGGCUGAAUGGAUUAAGGCAAUGCACAUGUGGCUAUCAUGGAAAUUGAUCACUAACCCUUCUGAACUGCAGCCCCUUAAGCAGGUUAUGACUAUGUGGCAGGCUUGUUGGCUUGUUAUGGAAUAUGGUGGACAGCCCAUCAGUAUGUAUGAACCACAGAUUGGGCUGGCUCCCCUGUCUGGUCUGGUGUUCAGACCUUUGCUUCAGCCAGAAGGUUUUCCUUGUGCCCUUGUUGGAUGUUAACACUGUGGUGACUUCCUGGGAAGGUGUAUAGAUACAUGGCUGUUAUGGCACUGCUCUCCUUAGACCAGUCUCUGCCUCCAUGGCCUGGAGAAGGCAAAAGCAAAGAGCAUGGAUCCUGACUCUCUGUUGCAGCAUUAUAAAGCCCUAAAAUCUGCAGAGCUGCUGGGCACUCUCCUAAAUGCAGACUGCAUGCAAGAAAGCAAAUCGUUCCUUGUUCCAGUCUUUGCACCAAACCAGAUGGUCUUCUCAGGCCCCAUUUCAGUCCAAAGUUUUACAGAAUAGCAAGGGGAGGAGCACCAUGGAGUAUGAAAGGCUGCAUCGCUGUCCAUCUAAAUUACCAUGCAAAUAGAACUUAAGGAUAUUGAUGCUGGUGCCUCCACAAAGGAAUUUGCAUUUGAUGCCUCCUAAAGCCAGACUGGCUUUUUGUAAGAAUAUUAUGUAAUUUCAGCCACCAAAUUACCUGAGUUUAAGCAAGUCCUUUCCUUUUAUCAGGCGUUAACUUUGUCCUUUAACGUGAGCUGGCUUUGAACUCCAGGGUCUCAGCACUCAACUCUGUCUCUCCGGUCUGCAAACUCUCCAUUUCCAGAUGUCUGUGUGAGGAGGAACAUCCUCCUAGUGUUGAGGAAGGUCUUUAGAUAGCAUGGUCUAGUCUGUUUUUCUGGUGGUUGUAAAUAAACUUUGGCCGAAAGGAGGCUGAUGUCCAGGCAAUGAUCCCGAAGGCUCAUUUGAUGUCUUAUCAGAUAUAUCUUGAAGCCAACCUUGGAAGAGCCACUGGAUCAUAUCUGAUGUUGCUGUGUGUCUAGCCCCAACAUGUACUCUUGGCCAUUGAGUGUGUUACGCUGUUCUGGCUGUCUUGCCUGCAGAUACCUUGCAACUGCAAAAGCAGGCAGCCAAGCCUGCUGCAUGGACUUUGAAAGGGACUUCAGGAUGCUCCCCCAUAGACAGGAUGGACCCAGCUGCUUCUGGUUUGUCUCUCUAGCUCCUUUCCCAAAAGGAGACGCCUGCUCUGCUCAGCUGUGUGCUGGCUGACACAUUGGUCUGCAAUCCUGAGCAGAAUCCUUUCCUCUCUGUGCAGUCUGUCCUCAGGCUGGCCUGCAAGCUGUACAGCGGCAUGCAGGAGACUUGAAAAGUACAGUGCCCUGUAUGUGACUCAACAGAAACAUGAAGAUGCUUUUGAAGAAAGGAAGGACCCAGCUGGGCACCAGAUGGAAUGACAGGAAAAGGAAAACAAGCAGUAACUAGAAAGGUUGCCAAGUGCUGUCUUGGCCUAGGGCAGAUCCCAGUUGUCCGAGUUAAUCCAUCUCAGUGCAGUGCUGAUACCAGCAGGGAGCAAAGCUCGCUUUCAGAUGCACACACCAGGAACACCAUGUCCCUGAGCUGGCAUCACAGCCAAAUACUACUGCGGAGAGUCUGCUGGACUGUUAGAGCACAGAAAUGAGAUCUAGGGUCCCUUGCUGCCAUUGGCACAUAGUACACAUUUGCUCUAACCUCAGGCGAGUCACAUCCCCUCUUGAUGCCCAUUCCCUUCUGCAGCACAGGGGAGGAACCUGCCUUCCCAAGAUGCUACCACCACCCUACAUGGGUUUUGCCAAGUGUGUGACAGGCACCAUUGAUAGGAUAGCUCUGCAAGCAAGACGCAGAGAACAUGCCAUAGAAAUUUUAUGCAUAUUUUCAAACUACUACUCUGCUUUCCCUCUGUUAACCAGGUUCUGAUGUUGCUUGCAUGUGCCAGAAGGCUGCAGGGUGGAAGUUAGUAGAGAGAUUAAAAAGCUUUUGGGGAAGAUGUUUGGCAAGGAUGUCUCUCCCAGUUAUUUGGCAGCUGGUUCUCGCACAAUUGGCUUCUCAAUCUGCAUGCUGCCACAGGGAACAUGUAAGAAGAUUUGGUGGCCUAACAGCACCAUCCCCUGCUAGUAGAAUUAAGGAACUUCCUUAAUUGUGCAACUGGGAUAGCAAGUGCUGAUGGGAGGGAAGAGACCACUGAAGGGUUCAUUUGUGAUAUUCCCAUGGCAGUUUCAUGCUCUUUCUUUUAGCAUCCAUGUAAUCAUCUGAGGGUAUAAACUGGCAGUUUUGCCUGGGCUCUUCCUUUACUUUUCCAUUCUCCAUUCAAGCUCACAUGGGGUAUGGCCACUCUUACCUAGAAUGAAGUAGGCUUUGUCACCUGGCUGCUGCUUGGCUCAACAAGCACAGGCUGUGUGUUUGAAAGAAACUUCUGCAUAGAUGGGCAGUGCCACAGGGCAAGCUGGGCUAGGUUGAGCCUAAGGGGAAGGCAUGGGAAGGUCUUCAUUUUGAGGUGCUUCUCACCUCUAGGAGAACAUUGCAUCCUUGUCACUUCCUUUCAAGGCUUUCCAAUGCAAGGAAUUGCUCCACGCCUUGAACCACAUCUCAUCAGCCAAACCCACCUUUGUUACAGAGCCACAAAAGCCCUGAAGCAGAAGGAAUGGCAAUUUAGCAUAGAGGAAGCGGUUGUGACCUGGGAUUACCUACAGAAGAUUAAUGCAGGUUUCUCACAAGGGCUGGCAUCUGUAUUUUAACUCCCUGUAUUACGCAGCUGAUCUGCUGCAUUGCUACCAAAAAACUACAACAUCCCCUUCUUUGCCCCCCUUGACACUGGUGGCAAUCCCAGGAUCACAGCAGCUAAAUGCUACCUGGCUAAGCACUGCUUUGACAGCUUGCUGGGGAGGCAAAGGCUGGGGACUAAUUGAGAUUACAUGGAGCGAGCAGUAUGGCCCACACAGCUGCACAGCAAGCAAGCCAUGUCGCAGAGCAGCACAGACACUGGCAGGACAUGUUGCAGAUUUCCCUGGUGCCUGUGGAGAGCAGCUCUUCCCAUUGCUUCCCAGACCCAUCUACUGCUGGUGGUGGCUCUGAGCCUUUCUCUUUCUCUAAAAAGCUGCCCCAGCAAAAGAUGCAUUUGCUCCUAGGAGCCCACCUCAGUGGUUGUGCCUGGUCUGUGGAGCCAUUUCCAUGGUAACAAAUGGUGACAUAGGCGGUGGGAUUGCAUCAAGGAGUGGAAGGUACAAGAAAAGCCUCAUUAAAAUGUGACCAUCUCAGACGUGUCACUGAAAACCAGCACAGUAGGCACCAGGAAAAGGCCACCAAAAGGCCAUGCUGAGAUAAGUCCCAUUACCUGCCGAUAUUUCUACCCUCUCAGAGCAGCAUUUCUCCCUUAGUAGCCCAUCCAGCUGCUCCAGAUGAGCUCACUGGAAAGCACUGCUCUCCACCCAGGCUGCCUUCUUGCUUCUGCACCCCAAAAAAGCUGUGACUCCAGUUGUUACCCACCUUCCUCAAGCCUGCAUGAUUUGGGAGAUGCAAAGAUUGUUGGGAGAUGUAAUACAGGUGCGUGGCAAGAGCUGGAAAACUUGGACAAGCUGUCUUCACAACAGCACUUCUGGUUUUUAUCACCUUCAUCUCCAUCCCCAGCUCACAGAUUUCUUUGCUCAGUUUCUUUGCACAGAAAAGCUGCCGUGGCAGCUGUGUUCAGCUAGUAGCUGCCUCUGUCCUGAGACAAACCCAAAGCAAACAUCUGACCAGCAGGGGAUCCAAGAAACGUGCUGGUGGGUGAGCCAGAGAGCAGGCUGGGGUUUCUUUUCACCUGCCUGAAGAUCUGUGGGGCUCAGGGUUCACCAGUCUAGUGUAAAAACUUGGUGUGAUCCAGCAAGCCAAGCUGGCCACCUUCACCCUCACCCUCUCCUGAUCUCAGGGCUGCGGGAGGUCUGGGACCCAAGCGCCAGGUCCCAGGCCUGCCAGCCCAUGUGCUUCUGGUGCGGGCUGGAGACCUGCAGCAGAGGCGUGGGUGGGAUGCCUGUCGGCCGUGCUCUUGCUGCGCUGGGGCAGGGCACUGUAAGACACGCUGGUAGGGCUGUAGUUCUGCAGGGAGAAAGACUCUUGCAGAGGAUGAAGUCUUUGCAGGGGAGAAAAUUUAGAAAGUUACACACACACACACUUUUUGCACAUUUUUAACCAUUUUUACUCCUUCCACAGUGGUUAUUGAACCUUCAGUUUAAUAAAGGAAAUGAGCCACCGUUAAAUAGCUUUCUGAAGGGUCUGAAAGUAGGCACUAUUUGCAUGCAGAGCUCGUCUGUGCCUAACACGGCAACUUCCAGACCUCAUUGUACACACCGUAGCUGAGUUACUCUGUGCACUGUGGGGGGAAUGGGGGGGAGAGUCAGCGCUGGCCAUCAUGCCACACAGCCAUGGCUUCCCAAACUGAAGAAUCAGACCAGGAGGUGGGGGAAGGAGUACCGACGGUAGAAGGAUAGCUAGUUGUCACAGGUAAUCUUCAGUAUCCGUGUCCAGUGGUUAGUCCUAGAAUUGCAAGCCUUGUUAUAUUGCACAUAUCCUCCUUCCACUCCUCUGUUCUCAAAGCAGCCAUCGCCUUUCUUCCCCAUGCACUAGUGAUGAGCAUCAGAGGCAGUUGCACCAAAGUGACUCUCAGCCCAGUUCUGCAUCCCCCUCUCCCACCCAGUCCCAAGACAGCCUAGACAGUUGUUGUCCAUCACAAGUCUAGUAACUCCAUUUGGGUUUCUUUCCUCGUGUAUCAUAGCUUUCUCCGCACACACUCUAGCAGGGCAGUACAGGAGGCUCUGACCGUGUCCCAAGAAACUUCUUUGCCCCUGGCAGCACCUUGCAGACAUGCACCUUACUGGGAAUGUACUGGGUCAAUGCUGGUGAGAUAUGGCGCUGCUGAUCUUGCAUAGGUGGCAGCUGAUGGGGAUCCACUGGGAGAAGCUGGCAGAAAGUGGCUACUGUCCCUUUUCUUUUUUGAGGGAGAGGGGGAUUUUUUUUGGCAUUAUGAUUAUUGUCCACCUUCCAGUGGCCAAGUUCUGGGCUGCAUUAAUAAUUGGGGUUCACUGGCUGUCCAGGCAGGUAUGGAGCUUCACACCAACCUUAAUAGCAAAUGUGGCUGUAUCCAGAGCCUGGAUACAAGCUGGGUUUCUCCCACGCUGGCAAAGUGUUUUCAUCAGGCUCCAGAUAGACAUUUCUGGCAGACAGGAAAACAGCACUCCUCCAAGUCUGGAUCAGAUCUGCACUUCCAUUUCAUGUCCUCAGCUUGGAAAAAACUCAACCCAAGCAAAUGCUUCCCAGGUCUCCUUUCCACAUGUGGUGCCUGGCACCCCAGGGAGGGGGUGGCAGGAGGCAUUUCAGGACCACCAAAAGCGAGAUCCUUUUUGGAUGUAUUUAAUGGAAAUAUCUUUCAGGAGGAGAGAACUCCCAACCUUUGCAUUAAUCUCAAGAGCAAGAGAUGAAUUUCCAGCUGUCCUUGCGUAUAGUGAAACAUAGCUGAAACAGCCAAAUGCAAAGUAGAGUUAAAUGUAGGGUUUGACCUGAAUAACCUUUUAAUUAGGAAGAUAAAUUUGUUGUAGCUUGACCUUAGUCCAUGUUAGGAACCUGCUAAUCAUUUGACAUGCGGAGUGUAUUAAUGCUGCACUUAACUUGGCCAUUGGUUUUAUUAUCUGGUUUGGGGAGUUUUUUUACUCCCGAAGCAUCAGUCUGCAUCUUGUAUGGAUUUUCCUUUCUUUUUUUUUUUCCUAUUCAGAACAUGUAGCACACUGUUGUACUUAUGUUCCCGUCUGCGUAGAGUAUUGCCUUAAACAGAUCAGUUGUGUUGUGAUUUGUUUUGGGUUUUCUUUUUUCUACCAUCAGUUUGAUGCAUUAAUUUAUUUAAAAAUGUGGGUUGUUUUUUUUUUUCAAAAACAUGAAACAUGUAUAAUAUUUUUUUUAACAUUUCCAUUGCAGUAUUUAUCAUUGUUACUGGUUGUGUGUAGUGUAACAGAAUUAAUGAUAUUAAAAAGCAUACAUAUGAAAA